AUGCCCUCGGUCUGGAUUCGUACGUUAAUCAAGACGGCCGUAACCACCAUUCGUCCUGGAACGCAAUCCAGGAUUCCCUCCAAUGCUUCUUCAAAUAGCUAGAGCUUGCCGCCUCUGUUACCUACAGCGCGCAAGUGUGGACACUGAAGCAAGAUUAAAAACCGCUGCAUUUGUCGUUUCAUUACGUCGUGCAGUCCGCGAGCUCUUUCGGCUGUUCCACCCUAUCUUUGAUUAUCGGUGGUCGGGUGGUGGUGCUUGUCGGGACAUGAUUUUGACUUCGCCUUUUUGUGUACUCUUGUUUCGCUGUGUGUCUGGAGUUUGGUCUCGAGAUUUCUUCCUUGUCUCCGUUCUCUUCACAUGCAUCUUGAUGCCAAAGUGUUGGUAUUUAUUCAACGUAGCACACAGCUAGUCCGGGUGUGUCUGUCUGGUCCUCCAUACCACGUACACUGGGCCCACGAGUUGCCGUCUUGCACUUUGUUUUCAAUCCAUGGGCACCAUGUUGUAACCCACUUUUGAGUCGAGCAACUGCUUAGUUCUCACUCCCACAUUAUCUCGCUCGCUCGGAACUGACCAACGGUACACAUCCUAGAUCUUAGCCUCCGGGGGAGGGCUACGCCAUAGUGGAAGAAGCCAUCCCGUCAGCUUUAAGC